AUGGUUGAUACACCCAAAAUUCAACUACUUCGUUCCUAUUUAAAUUUAAAGGCUAAAAUUACUGCCUCCGAUGGUCGUGUAUUCAUUGGGACUUUUAUGUGCAUAGAUAAAUAUAAAAAUAUUAUUUUGUCACAGACUGAAGAAUUUCGUUCUAGUGAAAAAAGAUUCGUUGGUCUAGUUAUGAUCCCUGGAAAGCAUCUUGUUAAAGCCGAAAUUGAAGAUUUAGAUCUUUCACCUCAAUAUACUUAG